AUGCAGCCCCUCAUCCAUGCAGGGCUCUGUCUGCUCCUCUCCUGCUGCUUCCAAGAUGCAGCGGCACAAAGGUACAUCUACACCCUCACUAUACCCGACGGAGGCCAAUGGGGUGAAUGGGGGGGAAAAAAGGACUUUUGCCCUGGAUACGCCAAUGGAUUUGCAUUGAAGGUGGAGCCUAACCAAGGCCCUGGGGUAAAACGUAAUGACACUGCUUUGAAUGGCAUUCGCCUGUACUGCACUGACGGCUUCGUCAUCGAGUCCAUGGUGGGGCCAUGAGUAUCUCUUUGGUGGGGUCAUUGGACUGGUGUCCACUGGUGCCCCAAGAGCAACCUGAUCUCCUUCUCACUGAGAGUGGAACCGUCCCAGGGAUUGGGCGAUGACACGGCGGCCAACAACAUCCAGUUCAAAUGCUUAGAUGGGACUGGGCUGAUGGGCACCUCACAUUCCUGGGGUGAUUUUGGCCCAUGGAACAAUCGCUGCAGCUCUGGGGCCAUUUGUGGGAUCCAGACGAAGGUGGAGGAAUCCCAGGGUCAUGGGGAUGACAUAGCACUCAAUGAUGUGAAGUUCUUCUUCUGUAACUAA